AGGGCGGGAUUUCCGGAACUUCCUGCCCAUCUCGCCGACGGGCCGAGAGAGGGCUUUAUUAUGGAUUCCGCCUGAGCUGCCUUCUCUGCCUUUUCCGCGGCUGUGCCUGGAUCUCAGGAAUUGAAUUAAAAUGCUGCUGUCAAUAGGAAUGUUAAUGCUGUCUGCCACUCAGAUUUAUACCAUCUUCACAGUUCAGCUAUUUGUUUUCUUAAACCUAUUGCCUGUGGAGGCGGACAUUUUAGCAUUUAAUUUUGAAAAUGCAACACAGACAUUUGAUGAUCUGCCAGCACGGUUUGGUUACAGACUACCAACAGAGGGCUUGAAGGGUUUUCUAAUAAACUCCAAACCUGAGAAUGCGUGUGAGCCCAUAACUCCUCCACCUCUGAAGGACAACUCUUCCCAUGAAUUCAUUGUACUAAUCAGAAGACUUGAUUGCAAUUUUGAUAUAAAGGUUUUGAAUGCUCAAAGAGCGGGCUAUAAGGCAGCCAUAGUUCACAAUGUUGAUUCUGAUGAACUCCUUAGCAUGGGAUCUCAAGACAUUGAUGUUUUAAAAAAGAUUGACAUACCAUCUGUCUUUAUUGGGGAAUCAUCGGCCAAGUCUCUGAAAGAAGAAUUCACCUAUGAAAAAGGGGGCCAUAUUGUAUUAAUCCCAGAGUUCAGCCUUCCUUUGGAGUAUUAUCUAAUUCCAUUCCUAAUUAUUGUAGGAAUCUGUCUCAUCCUAAUAGUUAUUUUUAUGAUCACAAAAUUUGUCCAGGACAGGCAUAGAGCAAGAAGGAAUCGGCUUCAAAAAGAUCAGCUUAAGAAGCUUCCGGUACAUAAGUUCAAAAAAGGAGAUGAGUAUGAUGUUUGUGCCAUUUGUCUGGAUGAAUAUGAAGAUGGAGACAAGCUCAGAAUCCUUCCUUGUUCUCAUGCUUAUCACUGCAAAUGUGUGGAUCCCUGGCUGACUAAAACCAAGAAAACAUGUCCUGUCUGUAAACAGAAAGUAGUACCUUCACAGGGCGAUUCAGAUUCUGAAACAGACAGUAGCCAGGAAGAAAAUGAAGUCUCUGAGAACACCCCUUUGCUUAGGCCACUCGCAUCUGCGAGCACCCAGUCGUUUGGGGCACUGUCAGAGUCGUAUUCUCAUCCAAAUAUGACAGAGUCUUCAGAUUAUGAAGAAGACGAUGAUGACGAUGACAACGAAGACAUUGACAGCAGCGAUACAGAAAAUGGAAUGACUGAAGAGAGUGUAGUAGUCCAGUUACAGCCCAAUGAUGAACAGGAUUACAGAGCGGCAAAUACAGUUUGAACUUUGAAAUGAGUCGUUACAUGAACUCCUCUGGCCAGAAAGCUCUACUUUUAUGUACGUGUACAUAAGGGGAAGUGUGAUGUGAUUCUCCUGUUGCUUCAGUAGAAGCAGCUGCUCAUAUAGUGUUCUGUAUAGUUUAAUCUCAUUGCAGGUUUCCAUUGUUGUUGUUCAUUCUCUUUGUCUUUUGCAGACAACAUUUUAACUGGAUUCCACAAUACUAAUACGUAACAAGGGGCAUCCAUCACUAAAGACAAUGUACCCAGAAAGAGAGAUGCUCCUUCAGCAUUUUGUAAACAUGAAAUCUAGAAAAAAUAUUUGUUCCUGCUUACAGUGUGUAGGUAGGCAGAGAUUAUAUUGACAAAGUUAUUUAUACAUAUGGUAAGUACUAAGGUACAAACCCAAUCAAAAAGUCUAGGUGUGUAUUUAUGACGGUUCUUGUUUGAACUACUGACACCAUUGAAAGAAUAAGAUAGGCCUGUUUAAUGUUUUUGUCAAGAGCAUCUCCAGCAGAAGAAGCGAAGACGAGCUUUGAUCUCGGUCAUGAAGCAAUCUGGCUGCUUUUUCCCUCAUUAUGUAUUGCGCUUGAAGGAAUGGGUAGAUGAAGUUCUGUCACCACUUAGGCUGAAACACCUUGUGAGGAAAAUAAUCAGGAUACCAAUGUAUUCAUUGGAACACUUUCCUAAUAGCUAUUCACCUUACUUCUGGAAAGGAUGGGGACCAAUGCAGAAGGGCAUCAUCAAAUUACACCACAUAUAGAAACACUGAACUUGUGUGCUGUUGAUUCACAAAGAAGAUAAUACCUCUAUAUUACAGAGCAUUUGAAGAUGCAUUAAUCUGCUAAAACUAUGCACAUAGAAAAAUUAAACUAAGUAUUGGAUAUGAAAAUGAAAGCAUAUAAAUAACUAACAGGAGUCUACAUACAGUGUAUCAUGAACAAGCUAAAUUAUAUACGGUUGUAACUAUGUAGAAAGUAGCCACACAUCUAUAUAAUCCAAUUGCAAAGAUGUUUUUAUAUGGCCUUGUACAGGAAAGUUUGAAAGAAUGUUAAUAAAACAUGUUUUCCACUUUAA